AUGUCCGUCUUAUCAUAUAUCGCCACGGGCAUCAGCUCGUUUGUCGUCGUCACGCUUUCCCUCUUCGCGCUCGGCCAAAAAGUCCCUCGCGCCGCAUUCGUUGCUCGGUGUUUGGCCUCCUACGGCUCCCUCCUGCUUUGCGCGACCUAUGGCGUGAUUGCAUCUAUUGUUCUCCGUCUGGUAGGCUACGGCCGGGUCUCCCAAUGGGCCACAGCGCGCAGCUUCAAAUGGGUCAUGCGAUAUACCACCGGUGUGGAAUUCGACAUCACAGAAGGCGUUGAGCACCUCUCCACCCGGCCCGCUGUCUUCAUCGGUAACCACCAGUCCGAGCUGGAUGUGCUCAUGCUCGGCCACAUCUUCCCUCCCUACUGCAGCGUUACCGCGAAGAAGUCGUUGAGAAAUGUGCCCUUCCUUGGUUGGUUCAUGGCGCUGUCGCGGACUGUCUUCAUUGACCGGGCCAACCGCGAGACGGCUGUGAAGGCGUUUGAUAGUGCCGCGGAGGAAAUGUGCGUGCACCGGCAGAGCGUGUUCAUCUUCCCCGAGGGUACGAGAAGUUACUCGGACAAGCCGGAGCUGUUGCCCUUCAAGAAGGGUGCGUUCCACCUCGCCGUCAAGGCGGGCGUUCCAAUUGUGCCUGUCGUCGCCGAAAACUAUUCGCAUAUUCUGUCGCCUCGCAACUGGCGGUUCAACCCUGGCGUGAUCAAGAUCAAAGUUCUCCCUCCCAUUAGCACCGAAGGCUUGACAGCUGCGGAUGUCGACAGACUGACCAAGACAACGCAGGAGGCGGUGCUUAAAACUCUCCUCGAAAUGUCUGACAAGAACCGAAAUGAGAUAGACUCGUCCGUCAACAAGGCCACCUCCACUGCUAUCGAGAUCUGA